UCCUCAUUCCUCGCUCGCUACUCGCGCCCAACGCACGUCCCGCGUUUGUGUUUGUUCCAACCCAGUGUUCGUGUUCAGUGAUAGUCACAAUGAAAGCGAUAACAGCAGUGUGCGCGACCGGCGCCUCCGUCCCGGCAAUCGCCAGCGGCCGAGUGCAGCGGCACCGCGACGGCGAGAAUGCCGAGAUCCAGAUGUACCUCUCCAAGCUGCAGGAUCUGGUGCCCUUCAUGCCCAAGAACAGAAAGAUCUCCAAGUUGGAGGUGAUCCAGCACGUGAUCGACUACAUCUGCGACCUUCAGUCGGCGCUGGAGAACCACCCCGCCAUGGAGCAGUUCGACGCAGAGGGCGCUUUGGCGGCUCCGCCGUGCGCCGCGGCGCCGCAGCCUCGCGCGCACCGGCGCCCGCUCGGGCCCCGCGCCGCGCCCAACACCUUCCUGCGCCAGACAACCCCUAGCCAGGAGCACAGAAAUCAAAUUACGCCUGAAAAGCAAAACCAACCGGACAGGCCCUCGUGCUAAGUGUUGACUAGAAUAAGAGAGACAAUAUAAUUUAUGGUAAUGUUUAUAUACCUCGAGAGGGCCGCGCCGCACCCCGGGCCCCGGGCCCCGGCCGGGAGCCCCGCGCCCCGCGCCCCAGUUCCAGUGAACAUCAUCAGCGACGAUGAUAUCCUAUGCACGAUCUCGUUACGAUCAGUAAACUACUUUAAUGUAAUUGUUUUGUGGCAUUACACGCAGAAGACUUGAGCAUUGCAAUGCAAUCCCCCGCGCUCGCCUGGAGAGCCGCGGCUUGUUUUGUUAUAAUGUUUUGUGUAAAAAGCUUUACUAGGUAGUUAGUAGUGUAAUAAAUGUAAAUUUUCCAUGUUUGUAAAUAAGUAUGUUGAGUGGUUUUGUGGUACAUCCAGGAGACGAUCUGUCGAACAUCAAAUUAUAUAUUUUGUAAUAAAUAGAUACUUAUUACUAUUCAGAACACUUCACGUACAAAUUGCCGUAGUAUUUCAUUUCUUUGUAAAUCUUUUUUUGUUAGAGAAUGACAAUCCUAUCUUUUAGUUAUAAAACUAAUGCUUCCAUUUAUAUCAAAGAAGUGAACCGGUUGAAAGUCGGUUCACGUAUAUAAUUAUAUUAUUUUAAGUUAUUUCAUGAGUGUGAUUUUGCAUGGCGAUUUUGUUUCUAAUAAAUGUUCAAAUAUUAUUAUGUGAGUGCUUCACGCAAAUUUUCUAUUAUUAACUUAUGAUUUGUGUUUAGCACAUUACUUUAUGUAAAUAAUGUAAGUAAAAAACUAAAUGAAUAUAAAAAUACUGAAAAUUAUCGA